GAAAACUCAAACUCCCAAAAUGCAACAUGAACAACUGAGUAAAUCGCGCCUGCGCCCUAAGGUCUCCCUCUUUGGACCUACGUCUCCACUGAAAAGAUGGCCAAGCGCACCAAGAAGGUGGGGAUCGUUGGUAAAUACGGCACCCGUUAUGGUGCGUCGCUGAGGAAGAUGGUCAAGAAAAUUGAAAUCUCCCAGCAUGCUAAAUACACCUGCUCUUUCUGUGGCAAGACCAAGAUGAAGAGGAGGGCUGUUGGCAUCUGGCACUGUGGAUCCUGCAUGAAGACAGUGGCUGGAGGUGCUUGGACUUACAACACAACUUCCGCUGUCACAGUCAAGUCCGCAAUCAGGAGGCUGAAGGAGUUGAAGGACCAGUAAACUAGUGCGCUAAGAUCACUAGUGGAUUUGGGACUUUGUUUUCUAGUUAAUUAAGUUAACCGACCUGGACAUGGCCUCAACAUCCAACAAUAAAGCGGUCUGGAGCGGA